GUAAAUCGUUCUGCGCAUGCUCGGCACUGACAGCUGCGAUCCUCUCCUUGCUCCGCAGGCUCUGCUUCACGAUGGCCUGGAAGUCUGGAGGAGCGAGCCACGCCGAGCUCGUCAACAACCUCCGCAAAAAUGGCAUUAUUAAAUCCGACAAGGUCUAUGAAGUCAUGCUGGCCACAGACCGAUCCCAUUUCUCCAGGUGUAAUCCCUACAUGGACUCGCCCCAGUCAAUAGGUUUUCAAGCAACCAUCAGCGCCCCACAUAUGCACGCCUACGCCCUGGAGCUUCUCCACGACCAGCUGUACGACGGAGCCAAGGCUCUGGACGUGGGCUCCGGCAGCGGGAUCCUGUCCGCCUGCUUUGCACGAAUGGUAGGUCCUCAAGGGAAAGUUAUAGGGAUCGAUCACAUCAAAGAGCUGGUAGAUGAUUCUAUAAACAAUGUGAACAAAGACGACCCCAGUUUGUUGACCUCGGGCCGAGUGACGCUCACAGUGGGAGACGGGAGACUGGGCUACGAGGACGAGGCGCCUUAUGACGCCAUUCAUGUCGGCGCCGCAGCCCCCAACGUCCCUCAAGCUCUGCUGGACCAGCUGAAGCCCGGCGGGCGGCUGAUCCUCCCGGUCGGCCCGGCCGGAGGAAACCAGAUGCUGGAGCAGUACGACAAGCUGGAGGAUGGCAGCACCAAAAUGAAGCCCCUGAUGGGGGUGAUCUAUGUGCCUUUAACAGACAAAGACAAGCAGUGGUCCAGGGAUGAACUUUGAAGAGGAAGACCGUCCGUUUUCCACCUUGAGGUUUGGACCUGGAGAAGACUCGGAUGGGGUCGGACCGCCCUCGUCAUGUUGCAAGCAUAACAAAAACAGGCUCUUUUUUUGUUUGACAUCUAACAACAGACAGCCAGUACCACAGUGAUGACAGCCCGGGGGACGGCUGGGGAGAGGGACUGCUUCACGCUCGGCACAGGAAUAAAGGGAGAGAGCGUUUUGCGUUUCUUUUACAGCUGCGCGCAUCUUUUUUUGGGGGUGUUUCGUUUUACUUUUUAACCGCUGGAUUUAAUUUUUGUUUUCGCCAUCGUUUAAAAAUGCAGUCAAGACAUUUUGACAGUUUUACAUUUCAGCAGCAUCGGAGCUGAACGUGGGAGGGACGCCGGAGGAGGAGGAGGAGGAGGAGGAGGAGGAGGAAAGCCGGAGACUUUUAGAUGAUUUAACUAGCUACAGCGCGUGUGCUCUCUUCCCCUGCCAGCAGUAUUAGGAUCUCACACACACACACACACACACACACACACAGGCUACACAACAGCUGAUGUAACCCACUUUAUCAUGUUUGAUGUGCAGCACUCUUUAGGCCGUUCUACACACAGAGCUACGCAGUGGAUCACACCGAGUCCGACUCCACAGCGAGCGGCGAGCUAACAACACUGACACACGAGCACAUCCAGGGCUGCGCUUUCCACUCGGUGAUGUGCUGCUUUUCUGCCGUUAACCGAUCCCGUGCAGGCUCUCCUGGUGACCGACACUAAACGGCAUCGUCACUGCUUUGCCAAAACGUUCUCCAACAAUAUCAAGCAAAUGAAUGUGUGUUCUCUUGAGAGAAAGAAAGGAAAAAUACAAAAUCCUACAUGGAAUAAAAAAAAAAAAUAGAUAAAAAAAAAGCACAUUUCAUUUUGGGUGAUACUUGGCUUUCACAGUUCAUGGAAUGGCAUAUGAAAAUAAAGAGAUGUUUUAUGUCUGA